AGCUAAAGGGAGAAGUAAAGAAUAUGAUGCUCAAUGAAAACAUGGCUCCCUUGGAUAAAUUGGAGCUCAUUGAUACCUCGCAAAGACUUGGAUUAGCUUAUCUUUUCGAUGAUGAAAUCAAGACAAUUUUGCAAAGUGUUUAUGAGCACACUCAUAUUAGUACCUUGGAUUUGUAUGCUACAGCCCUUCAAUUUAGAUUGUUCAGACAACAUGGCUUCAAAUUAUCCCAAGACGAGCAUGGAAACUUCAAAACAUGUCACACCGAGGAUUUGAAGGGAUUACUAUCUCUGUUUGAGGCGUCAUUCCUUUUAGAAGAAGGCGAAAGUAUACUAGAAGUCGCAAGAGAAUUCGCUACCGUUUCUCUCAAGAACCACACUCAACUAAGCAAAGAUCAAUAUCUAUCCAUGUUAAUAAAUCAGUCACUGGAGAUCCCACUCCAUUGGAGGAUGCUGCGGUUUGAGAGCAGAUGGUUCAUCGAUGUAUAUGAGCGAAAACACGACAUGAAUCCACUUCUCCUCCAAUUUGCUAAGCUAAAUUUCAACAUUGUGCAAGCAACCCAUCUGGAGGACCUAAAAGAUGCUGCACGGUGGUGGAGGAGUACAUGCCUCGGAGAAGAGCUGAGAUUUGCAAGAGAUAGGAUAGUUGAGAAUUUCUUAUGGACUGUUGGGGUUAAAUUCGAGCCGGAGUUCGAAUAUUUUAGGAGAAUGUCUACUAAAGUUAAUUCAUUAAUAACAAUCAUAGAUGAUAUCUAUGAUGUGCAUGGCACUUUGGAUGAACUCCAGCAGUUUACUGAUGUUGUUGAAAGGUGGGAUGUGAAUGCAAUUGAGCAGCUUCCACAGUACAUGAAAAUAUGUUUCCUAUCCCUUUAUAAUUCCAUCAAUCAAAUUGCUUUGGACGUUCUCAGGGAACAAGGAUUUCAUAUUAUGCCCUUCUUGAAGAAAGCUUGGGUAGAUUUAUGUAAAUGUUACCUAUUGGAGGCCAAGUGGUACUACAGCGGUUAUACACCAAGUUUGCAAGAAUACAUUGACAAUGCAUGGAUUUCUAUAUCGGCUCCUUUGAUCUUGGUCCAUGCUUAUUUUCUUCUUAAGACUCCAAUAACAGAUGAUGCUUUGAAAUGCUUGAAUGAAUAUCCUGAUAUUAUUUGAUGUUCAUCUAUGAUUCUACGGCUUGCAAAUGAUCUCGGAACAUCUUCGGAUGAAGUAAAAAGAGGCGAUGUUCCAAAAUCGAUACAAUGUUAUAUGCAUGAAACCGGAGCUUCCGAAGAAAAAGCGCGCGACCACAUCGAAUCCUUAAUCGAUCAAACAUGGAUGAAGAUGAACAAAGCACGAG